GGUUAUGUAAACCAAAACAUUUACACGUUUUUGUGAUUUCUAACACAUUUUCUACUAAAAUUUAUGUAAAUAAAUAAAAAAAUGACGAAUUUUAACAUACAAUUGAUUAAAACCGAUGUUACAUCAUUAAAAAUCCAUGAUAACUACUUAUUAGCAGGGAUUGGAUCACAAUUACAUGUUUAUGACUUAAAAACCAAUGAAUUACUAAUUAAAUCCACACUUUUUGAUGGUUUGCGAAUACAUGGCAUCGAAAUCAAUGCAAGUGGAUCACAUAUUCUACUAAAUGCAGAAAAUGAGCUGCUUAUUUUACAAGCAUCUUUUAUCGAAUGCUUUAAGUUUAAUAUCGAGCAAAGAAUACCAAUGUAUGAUUGGAUACUGGCAACCAAAUGGCUGCAGUAUAAUAAUUUUGUUAUUGUAACAAUGCACAAUCAUGUUGAGUUUUAUAAUAAUGAGACUUUAAUGUUGGCACAGAACAGUUGUGAUACUAAAUGUAUUUUGUAUUGUGCACAUAUUGCUUUUGAUACUGUUCGAACUUGUGUUGUGUUGAGUGGGACUGUUUUUUCUGAGAUUUUGAUAUGGCGGCCAUUUUAUAACGGGGAAGUUUUACAUAGGUUGAAAGGACAUGAAGGUGUGUUAUUCUCUAUAACACUCUUGGAUUCACAUAUUCUAAGCACAUCUGAUGAUCGUUCAAUAACUUUAUGGAAAAUAACCGGAAAUUUAAGUGAUUCUGAAGAUAAAACUUGUCAAAUAUCACUAAAACACCAAAUGCAUGGUCAUACAGCCAGAGUUUUCUGUGGAAUACUUCUAUCUAACAAUUUAUUAUCUGCUGGUGAAGAUGGAAGGGUAAAUAUUUGGGAUUUUGACGGAAAUCUCAUUAAAACAUUCAAUGUACAUCAUGGUGGUAGUGUAUGGUCUUUAGAAUGUUGUGAAAAACGCAAUUUGAUUGUCAGUGGAGGCUCUGAUUCAAGUAUAGCAAGAUUACCACUAUCAGAUAACUGGCAAACCAUGAAAAUUAAAAUGGCAGAGAAAGAAAUACCGAAAAAGUUGGUUGUAAUGCAUAAUGGCGAUGUUGUAGUAAUUGCAGAAAGUGGUUUAUUGAUGCAUUACAUCAAAGAAAGCAAUGUUAUUGUUAAUGUUGGAUUGUUUAAAGAAUUUCAGAGUUAUGCACUGAUGGAGGUUUCUAUUUGUAGAAGGAAACUUGUUUUAGCAGGAUUAUAUGGAGAUAUAAAAGUCUUUGUUUUGAUGAAUAAUGAAUUAGUUGAAGAGUUUCAACAUUGUAUAGGUAACAAAAAGAGAAUAUUUGCAAUUCAUUGGUUAACAUGCAAUCAUUUGCUAUCCUGUGGACCUGAUGGUGUUUUAUAUUUAUGGAAACUUUAUAAACCCAGUGAAAAGUUACUAAAAAUACAGAAAACUGUAAAAAAUGGUUUAUUAUUAAUAAAUAAAUUUGAGUUGCCACAAUCAAAAGAACGUUGGUCUACAUCCGCCUGUCGCAUAACAAACCUUGGAAUAGUUGUAGGUGACCGCAAAGGAAACUUACACUAUUUCAAAAUGGACGCCACCGCUGCAACUCACACUAUAAAAAGAGCGCAUUCACAUUUAGGCAUCACACAACUCUACUGGAACGCCCAGAAGAAGGUAUUAACAUCAUACGGUAGGAAUUCAACGUUGAGAAAUUACCACAUUGAUGAAUCCACAUCUAAAAUCAUUCCUAUAGCCUCAGAUGUGUUACCAUUUGCUUGGCUAGCAUCAAAAUUAGAUCAAAACAUUAUCUUAGGCUUCUCUGGUAAUGAAAUACUCUUAUGGGACUAUGAUAAACGCCUUGAAUUGUUUAAAACUAAUUGUGGAGGUGGCCACAGGUCAUGGGACUUUCAUUCUGACAAUUUUGUUUAUAUUCGAGAUAAAGCAGUGAAUUGUUUGAAAACUAAUCGUCCGGUUGAGUUAACAUCAAGUGUGCAUUCCACAGAAAUGAAUACAAUGAAGUGUUUGAAGUUACAAGGUAAGAUUAUGUUUAUAUCUGGUGGGGAAGACACCACACUUAGAUUUUCUUCAGUUUUAAUGGGAAAUAGUGAGGUUAGGAAUGAAUUUGUGAAUGAAGCAACUAUAAAAUCACAUUUAUCGAGUAUAAGAUGUUUACAUCUUAUUUCUGGUGAAGAUAAUUGUUAUAAAUUAGUAACAGCAGGUGGACGAGGUCAAAUUAUCUACUGGUUACUUAAUUUGGACCAAAAUGGCGACUUUUUGUUCUGUAAAGAGUUGCAUUCGUUCUAUGAACCUGAAGAUGAAGAAAUACGUGUUAUGGAUUUAUCCAGUGAUGAAAACAUGUUAUUUGCAGCAUGUUCUGAUGGUAGUAUAAAAAUUUAUAACCUCAAAAAUGACAGAAUUGAGUUAUUUAAGGUUAUAUUUUAUAAACUACGCUGCAUAUUGAAAUUAUGCGUAGUAAAAUCAUUUGAUAUGUUAAUUACAAUGGCCACGGACGGCCAUCUUGUUUUUUGGAAGUUAAAUGAACUAACAAAUCAAGAAAAUCAAGAAAAUGAUAAAAUUUCACCGUUUUAUAAGUUUAAAGCACAUGCAUCAGGUAUAAAUGCAUUUGAUUUCAAACAAAUAGAUGAAAACAAGUUUCUUUGUUUGUCUGGAGGCGAUGAUAAUCAAAUAUGUUUAAUAAUGUGCAAAUGCUCCGAAGGCGACUUAAGUGUGUUACAUCAUUAUACAAAUGUUGAAUCACACUGCGCACAGAUUACAGGCGCCUAUUUGAGUGAAAAAUGCUUUUUUACUGCUUCACUUGAUCAAAAACUGUUAAUGUUUGAAUAUCACGUAACCAACAAAUUGAAUGUAACAUUUAAAGCUGUUCACAACUCAACUAUAAGUGAUAUCAAAGGAAUUAAUGUAUUUUCCAAUCAAAAACAUGAUUUUGAUAUAGUUUUAUAUGGUUUAGGACUGGAAUUAUUAAAAUUACAAACGUAAUAUUCCUGUAA